CCCACCCUCUUCUUUCGUUUCCUCAUGACGACUCCUGCUCCAAACACUAGCAACAGUGGUAGAAGCACUGUACCCACACGAGGGAGUAACACUGGUGCAAACCAAGGGACAGGAACUCCAGUCAUUAUACCGACAUCCGCUCCAGCUGGCCAAAUCUCCUUCACCCAACCGCCCCAGUUCUCGACUUCCUUCUUUAAGAUCGCACCUAGUCAACCCAUUACGUUUGCCUGGAAUGCCACUGGGAUACUUGCCACGCCGACGUCGCUAACUGUUGAAGCAGUGGGCACAGACGGAUACACCCACCUGGUUGGACCGUCAGACGGAAGGAUUCCUGGAGGGGCAACGUCAGUGGUAUGGGAUGUAUACAGUUACCGACAAACACAUCAGGAGACACCGUUAGGGGUUGGACUCUUUACAUUACGAGUCCACGAUGAUAGAGGGAUGAAUGCGCCAAUCAGGGCAGGAUAUCUUACGCCAAAUCAAAAUCUGAAGUUUGCGUUGUACACUCCUCAAUCGUACACACCGUUAGCUAGUGGCUGGAGCUGCAACGCUUGCAAUGGCGCGUUGUCAAAUACGGUCGGCAACCCGCUUUUCAUGUCCCUUGUUGUCACAUUCCUCGUCAUGUUCCUCUCCGGAUUCUCACUCAUACGGCAGCGACGGUGAACCAUUGGAGUUGAGCUGCUUACGCAGUCCUCAUGAUGGACGCUAAACCUUCCCUUUCCCGCUUUAGAUGGAACAUCGGCGCUGUCGCACCCCUUUACCACAGACUCUCCCUCUGUAUUCCAGGUCACUCUUUGCGUUGGACUUUAUCGAUCAUCAUCGUACACUUCUUUUUAUAAUUGAAAGGUUAUUCGCUGCGGUAUGGAAUAUUAGUAUUCCCUGCAGUUCAGGUUUUCCUUCCCGCUAGCUCGUUUUGUUUGGUGUUUGUUGAACGCAUUUACAUUUUCUCUUCCGAGUCGAAGCUACAAUUUUGCUCAUGACAGUAUAUAUGUUUUCAAUGCACAGAUAUGCAUGAUACGU